UCGUGUUGUUUUCGUUCAGUGUGAUGGAGCGUCAAAAUAGAGCGUCGCGAUAACCGUUAGCUAACUGAAGUUAUCCUUCGCAGUUCAGCAAAAAGAAGCCACCAGCACCAUGGCAACUGCACAGUCAGCAUUAACAUUUGCAGUGUGUAUCCUGAUGAUAACAGAGUUGAUACUUGCCAAGAAGGACUACUAUGACAUACUGGGUGUGCGGAAAGAUGCCAACGAGCGUCAGAUAAAGAAGGCUUUUCACAAGCUGGCAAUGAAGUAUCAUCCAGACAAGAACAAGAGCCCAGAUGCUGAGACAAAGUUCAGAGGAAUUGCUGAGGCAUAUGAAACAUUAUCAGAUGAGAAGAGGAGACAAGAGUACGACCAGUUUGAUCACGGCACAUUCUAUAAUGACAUAACCAAAGACCGAAACGGUCCAAAAGUCCACCAGCCCUUCAACUUCAACGACAUGUUUAAGGACUUCGAUAUUUACAGCCAGAACCGGCACGCCCAUCACCAAAGACACUUCGAGGACCACUUCCGGACCCACCAGGAGGCCCACCACAGCAGACACAAGAGACACUUCCAGGGUGCCUUUGGAGCAGCAGGUGGUGGUGGCUUUGACGACAUGUUUGACGACAUGGAGAAGAUGUUUACUUUUGACAGGGACACUACUAAGCGAACGGAGAGCACAUUUCACGGUACUACAACGAAGCAACACUGCAGAACAGUGACACAGCGCAGGGGCAACAUGGUCACCACUUACACUGACUGCACUGGCUCCUGAGGACAGAGGUCUUGUCGGUAUCCACGUCCCCUGGGUCGUGUUCAUCAGGCACGAAAUGGAAGAAAGCAGCAUGAAAUGGGGGGGUACUAUCUGAACUUGUCCAAUAAGAAAGGCUUGUUUUCCAUUGCACGACAUUUUGAAAUGUUUCUCUACGUUGUGCUCUAAUGAACAUGACCCUGCCACAGCUUGCACAUGGGUAGGCCCCUGUGGUGGGAGCAAGCUGUUUUUGUUGCUGCUGUGACCUAAAUGCUGGUCAUUGCUAUUUUGUUGAGUCACAGUAGCUAAUGAAAACACUUUUUUAGCACACUCAGUUAAAUUUUUAACAAUGAAUUAAAGCACUGAAAAGCUUUUGAAGCAUAUCACUCACAGUAUAGUUAGGAAUUUAAAUGUUGUAGAGAAAUAUUUUUUGGGUAGUUUUAAGUCUAAUCUGGAUCCAGAUUUUCAUUAGCUAUUCUAUAUACCGUAUAUUUAGAAACCCCCUUAUAUUUACAUAGGCUUUUUGAGGAGAAGCUAUUCAUCAUAUAGUCCCUUGCAAACCUAAAGAUGCAAUUGAACAUAGUAUCAGUAUUGUUGCCUUAAGCAACUUCAAUUGUCCAUGAGAGUUAUUUUAUUUCAUGUUUUUUUUUUUUAUGGAAGAAUGUUUUCACUUGAGCAUUGUUAUUGUAAUUCGUCAGCCAAAAUGUUUCAGUAACUAUUACCACUGCCGAACCUAGACAUUUUCUGUGUGCAUGUAGUAUUUUGUAUAGCCUACGGCUCCAUUGUGUGAAUCCAGCAACCUUUGGUUGGAACAAAACAGUGUGGAUAAUGAACUGUGACAGGUUUGCUUUUGCUUGAUAAAUGGAGAACGUCUGCAAAAAUGUUCCCUCAGAACAUUUACUAAAACUGUAUGGCAGCAUUUUGAUGCUGCCUGAAGUUCCUUUUUUUGUGGUAAGGGAUGCUCGCCACUUUAAGUUGAAAUUAGGAAAGAAAUAUUCGUAUUGGCAAAGAUCAUAUCAUGGAUACUUUUUGCUGUUGAUGUAGCUAGCUACAUUGUUAUGAUUUUCACUCCAGAGGAAAUUUAACAUCUCUUCUGCUGUCUGCAUGGACCACUUGAAUUUAUAAGCUAACAUUGGUGUAAAUAAAAUCCAGUGUUGUUCAUCCAACACCUCAUAACCUCCCCGUUACCUCAUGUUUCACUAGUCUGUAGACUAGAAAUAUGUUCUCCUGGGCUUGUAUUCAGAAAUGUUCUGAGUAGGAGUGCUUAUCGAGGAUCAGUUUAGCCUUUUUUCUUUUUMAUCAACGUGAAUAACAUUCUACAUGGUCAGGUGGAACUGAUCCUGGAUCGGCAGCAAACCUAUUCCGAGACGCUUAAUGAAUAUGUGCCCAAGUUUAUGUCAUGUGCAAUAUUUUAAAGCCAGCUCCUCUUGUAUUCAUAUGUUUCGCCACUGUUACUAGCUGGCUUUGUCAUUGUGAUAUGUUGAUGUAUGACGCAUAUAGCACUUUAGUUAUUGUAAUCCUAUGGAUAAAAUGUGUUACAUCUUGACUGGAAAUAGGGUAUAGUCCUUUGAAAAUGGAGGGGGAAAAAAUCUAAAAGGCUUCAGGAAAUUAAAGAUGAGAACAAACGA